AUAAUAAAGUAUUUAUUAAUAUAUAUUACUUUCAUGUUGUGUCGGUGCUGCUUGAUACUCUUUCAAUAAUAUAAUUUUACGAAAUUAUAUCUAAUGAAUGUAUGAAGUGAAUUUUAAAGAAAAUACUUUCCUGACUACAUUACAAAAAUGUUAACCCCACGUUUUGAAAUAACUCAAACUGAUACAGAAGUUGCAAUAAUUAUUCAUGCACCAUAUGCAAAUAUCAAAGACACAGAGGUUUAUGUUGAUGGAACAGAUUUUAGAUUUCAUUCCACGCCAUAUUACUUAAGAUUAAAACUACCAGAUGAAAUUGAAGAAAAUGACUCAUCAUUUGGCUCGUAUGAUUGCGAAAAAGGAGAUUUCUCUUUAAGAUUUUCAAAAGUCACAAAAGGAAAAUAUUUUGAAAAUUUAGAUAUGAUAAGUACAUUGUUAGCUCCACCAAAAAAGAAGAGUACAGUUAUACCUAAUAUUGAAGUAAUUGGAAAUCCAUCAGCAAAUUCUGAAGAUAUUAAUGACAUAUCAAAUAAGCAUGAGUUUAUGCUAAAUGAUGAAAAUACUAAUGGAGAUGAAUGGUAUAUACAUCAAAACAAUAGUACAGAAAGUAUAUCACUUUUAUCUACUUCUCCUAAAUAUGGUUUUGCAAGUAAAAUAUCUGGAGCCUUAGCUGCUUUUGAGUCAGCAUGGAUUAAAGAAAUAAUAGAUCUUCCAAUGCCAGAUACUGUACCUCAAUCUGAGAGAAGGAUGUUACGAGAGAAACAUGAAAUUUCAGAUUUUAACGAGGAACAUUAUUUGGCAGAUCUUAUGCAACCAGAAUCUAUAGAACCAUAUAUCUCAUUUAUUGCAGAAUGGGAUACUUUGAAGAAAGAAAGUAUUUCCUUCAAUGAAACUGAAGUAGAUUUAUUAAAAGAACUUCCAAACAAAGAAUAUUUAUUAAACAAUGAAGAAACACACAAGCUGCUUUUAAGUUUAGUGGAUAUUUUAUUUGGUUGUUGUUAUAAUCACAGAACAACAUUAGGAGAAAAUACUGUUGAAAGUAGUUGGACUAUUAAUAAAUUAAGUUCUACUUUGUGUUGGUUUGAUGAGUUUUCUAAUUCGGAAGAAGUUAUAAAAGCAUGUUUUAGAAGAUCAAUAUGUUAUCCACUGUUUAGAAACUGGGAUCUAUCUAAAAAAAUUCUUGAGGAUGUAAAGAAGAUAAUUAAGUUAGGUAGAAAAUAUAUCAUAAAACGUUUCUGUGAAGUACAUAGUUUGUUUAACAACUCAUAUGAACCACGAUAUAUAUUAAAUCAAUUGUACAUAAAAGACUAUCUAAUUUGGUUACAACAAAUUAAUGAAUCUUUAAUAGAAUCAUUGGAAUCUCUUAUUUCUAAUGUUGAACCUUCAAAAAAUGAUAUGCAACUUGAAUUAGCAGAAUUAGAACAAGCAGCUUAUUCUGUGCAAGAAGAAGAUCUUAUUAUAGAAAAUUCUGUUCAUGAAAUAGUGGACCAAAUGGAUGAACUAACAGUUAAUGACAAUGAUAAAAAUAAGCCAAAGACUAUAUACUACAUUAAAGACAAACAUUCUUUAAAAUAUUUAUUAUCGAGUAGUUCGAGUUCGAGCGACAGCAGCGAUACUGAUUCGGAAACUGAUUCAGAAAGCAGCACUUCGAGUACCACUACAACAAGUAAUAGCGAUAGUUUAGAUUCGGAUGAUGCGAGUGAACCAGAAGAAAUUACAAAUAAGUAUACCUAAAAAUUUAUAUUGAACAAAAUCUUUAUAAAAAUAAUGUUUUUGAAGGUCUUUUUCUUACAAUAUGUAAGUAAAACUUUACGAUUU